AUGAAGACACCUAGGAAGAGAAUAACGUUUAAGACGCCAAGAAAGGGGACAAAGACACCCACAAAGGAUGUCGAAGCCUCUGAUUCCAAAGAGAACAGGCCCCAGAAGGCAGUAUGUGCAGAGGAGAGGAGAGAUCUUGAUUCUGCAUCUAGAUACAAACAGAUCCUCAUUGAAAUGAAGAUGAAGGAAGAGGAUUUGAUAGAGAGCUAUAAGAAGGAGAAUGAGUAUCUAAGGUCUUUGAAGACGGAUGCACUGUUGUACAAGAAGUUUGUUGGGUUUGACAUAGUCGAGAAUGAUGGAAGCUAUGAGGUAACCCACGAGAUUGUGUCGAACAAUGUUACAAAAUUCAUUAGAUUUGUGUUGACACCCGAGGAGAAUUCUUAUGUCUACAAGCUUAUUGAGUCUAGAAACGUGGAUCUUCCAGACUUCCUCAGCGAAGAGAUAACAUUCGACGAGUGCCAGGUAAAGACCUUUUUUUUCAAAGUAAUGGAGGCAGUCAUCACAAAGAAGAACUGA